AAGCAAUCAUUUCUCCUUCUCUCUGACAACAUUCUUGCAGCCAUUGAGAAAUACUGUGAGAGCUGUGAUUGGUCACAGCUUGUCACAUGGUACAAGUCUGUUGUGAAUAGUUUUGUACCAUGUGAUCUCUGUGAUCAUUCACAGAUUUCACAGGUAGUAAGCAAUGAUGUCAGAAGUGUCAUCUUGCUUACACCUAUUCAUGUGAUCACUGAUUGGCCAAUCAGUGAUCACAUGAUCAGGACUUCACACAGAGGUCCCGUACAGCGAUCGGUGUUCCGCUGUGGCACCGGAUCACGAUACCGCAAGCUCCCGGGGAGCAUGCAUAAUCCAAAAUGGCGGGUGCAGUUUAUGAACGGCAACUUGCCCCUGCACUGGAGCUGUAUAUUAACGGCCGGACGGGAAGUGGUUAAGGGCCAGUUCACACAAAGA